GAGCACGCCUUGCCUUGGGUGGUUUCUCGUGAACAAUCAUUCAUCAUCCAUCUCUCUACUCGUCUCAAGGGGGCGGCUCUCUGAUCUCUUCUUCGCUCCCUUCCUUCCUUGUUUGUUCUUCCCAUCCAUCUCUCGCCUCCCCCUUGCUUCGGAGAUCUCGCUUUCUAGACCAGUUUCUGCGAACUCGCCCGCCGGGAAGCAAGCCGCCAUGGUUUCGCCCGACACCAUCCGCACGGCCAUCGGCGUCAUAGGCAAUGGAACCGCCCUGGUGCUCUUCCUGUCCCCAGUGCCGACGUUCUACCGCAUCUGGAAGAAGCGGUCGGUGGAGCAGUACUCGGCGGUGCCGUACCUGGCGACGCUCCUCAACUGCAUGAUGUGGGUGCUCUACGGCCUCCCCGCGGUGCACCCGAACAGCAUGCUCGUCAUCACCAUCAACGGCACCGGGAUGGCCAUCGAGCUUACCUACGUCGCGCUCUUCCUCGCCUUCUCCGCCGGCGCCGCCCGCCGCCGUGUGCUCCUCAUCCUCGCCGCCGAGGUCGCCUUCGUCGCCGCCGUCGCCGCGCUCGUCCUCAACCUUGCGCACACACACAACCGCCGCUCCAUGAUCGUCGGCAUCCUCUGCGUCCUCUUCGGCACCGGCAUGUACGCCGCCCCACUCUCCGUCAUGAAAAUGGUGAUCCAGACAAAGAGCGUGGAGUACAUGCCCCUGUUCCUGUCCCUGGCCUCCCUCGUCAACGGCAUCUGCUGGACUGCCUACGCGCUCAUCCGUUUCGACCUUUACAUCACUAUCCCGAAUGGGCUGGGCGUGCUGUUCGCGGUGGGGCAGGUGAUCCUGUACGCCAUCUACUACAAGUCGACGCAGCAGAUCCUCGAGGCCCGCAAGCGCAAGGCCGUCGCCAUGACCGAGGUCGUCGUCGACGGCAACGCCACCUCCGAUGGCGCCAAUGCCGUCGCCCGUCACUAGCCGAGAAGAACAACUACUCCUAACGCGCUGGCCGGGAGCUUAUUAGCAUCAUGGGCGAUGGCUCCUCCUGCAGCUGCUGCUUAUAAACCUUAAUUACUACCUAUAUACCUAGCGAGUGAAAAACGCUUAUAUGCUUGCUUAAUUUGCUACCUGUCCCGAAGGGAUCUCAUGUAAUGCCCAUGAUUUGGAUUGGUAACUUCUACCCGUGUUUGAAGCAGGAUGAAGCAUCUUCAAAACUGAUCUUUGGUCAAACUGUUAUGUGAUCGAUCUCAGUGAUAAAUUUAACUAUAUAUGGAUUUUUCAUAAACAUGCA